AUGGCAAUUAUGCUGAAGAUGAAUAAAUGCAGAGUAUUUGUGUUUUUAGCUGUUUUAGCUUGCUCGAUUGUGAUUGGAAUAAGAGUUGCAAUAGUGAUGCAGCAGUACUUCGAUAGAAAGAAAGAAGCAAACGGCGUGUGGCGGGAGAGAUUUGAGUGUGCUGAUGAAAAUGCCUGGAUGCAAAAGCAAGAAGUUGGAUGCUGGUCUGUUGAUCUGUUUGAGCUGAAGCAGCCUGAAUUCUGUAUUUUGAAUACCAGAUGUCUGAAGUGCAGCGAAUGCUUGUACUUUGGAGCGAUCAGAGAUAUUCUUGAAUGUGGAGGAUCUGUGGGAGGAGCAUAUGAGCUUAAUGAAUAUGAGGUGAAGGAUCUGUCCAUACUGCGUGAUGAAUUGAGAUUUGGAUUGUGCAUGAGCACAGGCAAUGGGCUGAAUGAUCGGGUGAUGAGUAAGUUGGCAGAAGCUGAUUUGAGCAUUGCAGCACACCGGGAACUUUUUGGAUUCUACAGAAGCAUGAGCGAUUGCAAUUUAUAUCACGAUGAAAGAGUGGAAGAGAUUGUUCGUGAGUGUUGGCCAGAAAGAAUUGAGUAUGCAAACUGCAGUCUGUGCGUGAACGAUGGAGGCUUGAAGAGGAUUGUGAAUCUGAAGAGCUAUGUGGUCUAUGUGAUUUCCAGGUAUGUUGCUAGAUGUAAUGCAGAGCGUGAUAAAUGGGACGCAUGCAUAGUGAAUGUGUUAGCCAAUAUGAAAGAAAGCAUGGAAGUGUGUAGAAGACAAGAUGCAUUGAGAAUUAGUAGAGUGAAUGUGAAUGAAGGCAUGAGUGGCGUUCAUCACGACAUGGAUACAGGCGAUGAGCAUGAAGACGAGUACAUGAAGAAGGACUAUAUGAGGCAUGUUGGAGUUGGAGAUGUUCUUAGAAGUUUUUUUUUCUUUCUGUACUAUGGAGAUGUUGUGAAUGAUGAUGAACUGUUUGGUGAGGAAGAGAGGAUGUUUUUAAGUGAAAAGUGCAGAAGGGAGUUUAGCGGAUGGGUUUCUUCGAGGCUGGAUGCAUUCAAGAAUACGGAUUUAAGCGAAUAUGUACAGAAGAAUGAUAUUGAGUGGGUUGUUGAGCACAAAAUGAUUGAAGAAAUCAUGAGUGUAUUUGGAAGCAUGCAGCUAAGUGAUGAUUUUGUUAAUGGAAGCGAGAAUGCGAUUGAAAAGCAUUAUACACGUGCUAUGCUGAGGAUAGUUGAUGAGAGCAGGCUAUGCGAUGUUCUAGAUAUGCAUGAGAGGGAAUUGGUUGCAAAAGAGCUGAGAAGAGUGGCCAUGAAGAGAUGUAGAAGCAUGAUGGCGCAUCUGUGUGAGAAGAUUGAUUGGAUGAAGAAUCGGAUGGAUAGAGCUGUCCGAAUGAGUGUUACGAUGGGGAAGUACAUGUGGAAAAUCAAUGAGGGGCUUCAUGAGUUAGAGCAUGCCGAGGAAGUGCCUGAUGUGAAUAGGCGAAGAAUAGUUGGUCUCAGAACGAAACUUGAGUAUGUUUUAAAAUGUAUCGCAUGCUAUGGAAAGGCAGAAGUGUCUGAUGUUUGCACAAGAGCAAUUGCGAGACUUCUUGGAUUGCAAAGCGGAGGAUUUGAUGGAGUAUAUGAAAAGAGUAUGGCAGAGGAGAAUGUGAUUAUGCUAGUGCUGAGAAAGAUUUUUUUAAGUGAUCGGAAGACGGCACAUGCAAAUGCCAUGGAGGGAAAUGUGUCCAUGGAGUUGUGGAGAUAUGCUGGUGCUGUUUUGAUGAGGUAUUUUGACGAAUGCGAGGCUGAAGAGAAGACAGACCGCAGCCUGAGAAUAUUUUCAUUGAGUAGCAUGAGCAAUUUGAUUGAUGUGGUUGGUGAAGAUGGGGUGUCUGUAGUGGAUGAAUACAUUGAGAUGGUGAGGCUGAUGAUCACGGACGUGAUGUGUGAUGAGUUGAAACACCGCUUGAAGUAUGCGAUAAGUCGUGGGACGAGGGAUUGUGUGUUUCUGAAGCAUGCGCUUGACAAGAGAAGAAAGAUGGUUUGUAGGAUGAUAUCGAAGGCGCUUCUUGUGUGUGAUAGUAGCAUGGAGGGCUUGGUUGAUGUUCCUGGCGGUCUUGUAAAGAUGAUGAGAAAGGUUCUUGGCAAGGAUGCAUUGUUUGCUGAAAGGAUGGCAGCCGGAAUCAGAUGCAGGAUGGAUUCGCUGGUGCUAUUGAAGAUGCGAAGUAAGUAUGGCGGAGUUAGAUGUUUGUUUAGAAACCAUGAGUUUAGGCUGGCGAAUGUUAUAAGCAGAGCAGUUGCUGAGUUUGUUGAAGCAGAGCCGAAAAUGACGGAGCAGCUACUGGAUGGAAUGGCAGGAAGAUGA